UCCCAUUUCCUUCUUACUAAGCUUCAUUGACCCAGUGCUUCGCUUUGAAUUUUUUCCCUUGGGUUUACCCUGCAUUAGGAGAUGGCUUUUUCAGGGCUUCUUGUUGUGGUGAGUAUAAUGUCUGUGUUGUCUCAGCUUGUUCGUGCUUCAGACUGGACUAAUGCCCAUGCUACCUUCUAUGGAGGAAGCGAUGCAUCUGGAACAAUGGGUGGGGCAUGUGGGUAUGGAAAUCUUUACAGCCAAGGGUAUGGCACCAGCACUGCAGCUCUGAGCACUGCCCUUUUUAACAAUGGCUUGAGCUGUGGAGCAUGCUAUGAGAUCAAAUGCAAUGACGACCCACAAUGGUGCCUUCCCAACUCAAUCGUUGUAACCGCCACUAACUUCUGCCCACCCAACAAUGCCCUGCCUAACGACAAUGGCGGAUGGUGCAAUCCCCCACUGGAGCAUUUUGACCUCUCACAGCCCAUUUUCCAGGACAUUGCCAAAUUCAAAGCCGGCAUUGUCCCUGUUAUGUACAGAAGGGUCCCCUGUCAAAGAAAGGGAGGAAUUCGAUUCAGCAUUAAUGGCCACUCCUACUUCAACCUGGUUCUCAUCACCAAUGUUGGAGGAGCAGGGGAUGUCCAAGCCGUUUCAAUCAAGGGGUCUUCUACUGGUUGGCAGGAUAUGUCACGGAACUGGGGCCAAAACUGGCAGAGCAACAGUUUUCUGAACGGUCAGAGCCUGUCAUUCAAGGUGACAACCAGCGAUGGAAGGACUGUUACAUCCUAUAAUGUGGCUCCAAGUGGCUGGCAAUUUGGCCAGACUUUCAGCGGCUCGCAGCUUUAAACUAGCUUAUAUUCUAGCUAAACCAGUUUGUGUCUAAUGGUCAAUCGGGUUACAGAUAUCGAUUAUACCAGUCUGUACAAUGGUCAGUCGGGUUACAGAUAUCGAUUUUAGAAGAGUUUGGCCCGUGAGUACUUUUAGUUUGUUUUACUUUCCGUUUGAUAGUUAUCAUCUAUCUUGUAAUGCGUUUCGGGUGUCGCCGCGGUGGCUGCGGAUUACAGUGCUACCCGCUCUCGAAACGACCGGUUAUCAUUUUCUGCUGCCAAAAAAGUUGUUGACAGGACUGUGUUGAGUGUUGAGUUGCAGAGGUGGUUUUGUCGCCACCCGCCAUCUAUUUCGAGUAAUGUAAUCGUAUGCUCUUACAGAGUAAUAAUAAUGAUAAUAUGUUUCUGUUA